UUUGUUGUUUGUUCUGUAAAACAAACAGCAGAAAGUAAAAUACGGGGGAAAAGCACCAACUGCUGCUCAAACUUCUGCUGCUCAGGUGAGUUAAAGCUCAAAAAGUGGAGCUGUGAAACUCUCCACAUUCCUCCUCUAAUCCGGUUAUUUCUGCGUUUAAUGUCAGAGCUCACAGAGUUUCCUGAGUCUCAAACUUGCUGCAGGCCACUCAUAAAGUUUGACUCCUCCUCAAUCCAAAGGUCCUCCUGCCUGAACUCGAGGAGGUCAGCGGAGAGACAGAAGAAAGGAGUCGGACAGAGGAAUGGGAGCGCCGCAGAAGGAGGAGGACGCCGCUCCUUCGGUCAACAGGAAACAUCAGAAAACCUCCAAAGAAGUUUAUUUCGCCAUCCUGCCGGAUCGAUAUGAGCCUCUGAUCGAAGAGGAGGAGGAGGAGGAGGAGAUACAGGAGACGCAGGAGGAGAGGAGGAGGAGGAAGGAGGAGAAGAAGAGGAAGAAGAAGAAGAAGUACAAGAAGUACAGGAAGGUAGGGGGAAGUGAUGACCUUUGACCUGUAGAAGUGUGAGAGACAUUUUACAAUCCUUUAGAGGUUUGAUCGAUUAUUGGUCGGGUCAAUUAUUGAUGCUCAAUUUAUUGUUUUGUCAGAUUAUCUGUCAGCGCUGAUAAAAAAACGAUCUCUGAUUAAAUAAUCAAAUCAAACGUUCUGCUUUAGCUCGGAUGCAUGUCUGUCAGGGUCUGUUGUCACUCUGUCUCACUUGAUGUCCCACCCACAACACCUCCUGAUUGGCUGGACGUCACCCAGGUGAAAUCAACAUGCACAGAGAUAAACAGUUACGAUACUGAAAUAUAAAUAUAAAACUAUAAAACUAUAAAAUGAACAAACACGUGUCUGAGAUAUACAGACAAAAACACAAACCUGUGACAGUCCUCAAGUUACUCACAGGUCUGUUUCUAACUCUACCUGACUGUCAACAGAAUGAAAAUCUGUAUCUGGACUUUAAGCGAAGCCACGGUGGAAAACAUUGACUCAGCAGAGUGACUUUGACCUUUGACCCCCGACACUCUGCUUAAUCAGUCUGAUAUGAUAAAGACGGACACGGAGAGGAGCAAAGUAGAGGAUCUUCACUGCAGAUGACGGCGUGGUUUAAGAAGUCGAUGAUACAACAAUCCAUAAAACGCAGAUAUCGUAGGAUGUUCAGUUUAGUUCUCUAUCAGGAUGAGUUUAUGACCACCAUGAGGAGGAACGCUACUUUUCUUCCAGCUCCAGAUACAUGUGCGUGUGCAGAUUUACUCAUUUGUUCACGCACACAGGCAGGUCGCUGCAGAUAACCCGGUUUAACACCAAUUCACAGAGAAGCAAGCUGUAUCUUGUUUGUUUAGUCUGUGAGCAAACAGCAUCCUAACAGCUGUGUGUUUGUGAAGAUCUGAUGGUCGGCAGGAGGGAUGUUGACUAUUUGAACCUGCAAACAGAAGCUCAUAAAUCUUGACCACAAACCAAAACACUCGACCCAUAAAAACGCUGAAGAUUGACAGUCAGUGUUGAUGAAUACCUGCGGGUUUUAUUCCCUGUGUUGUGUCUGUUAUUUACCUGUGGGUUUUUGCUCCCUGUGUUUCGUCUUGCAGAACGUGGGGAAGGCGCUGCGGUUCAGCUGGCGAUGCCUGAUGGCCGGUCUGCAGAGCAUGGCCUCCACUUACUCCACGCCCAUCUCAGCCAUGUCCACAGUGGUGACGGAGGUUCAUCGAUCGACCAGUAGCAAAGCCUGAUGGGAUAUGGACAGAGAGUUUUGUCUUACCAGUGCACAGAUUAAUAUCGCCCACAGAGACCCUAAACCUGUUUGAUCCAUCUACGAUGUGGACUAAAACCAGGGGCACAGAGACGCUUCCUUUUUUUAGACGAAUGUUUUUAGAUCGUAACGACAGAAAUGGUCUUUGCUUUUGUGACUGAUGUAAACGGAUAAAGACUAAAAAGGAUUUUGUGAAUGAUAAAAAAAAACACGAAACGAAGGAGAAAUCCUUAACAUCUGUUAAAAGCCAAGUUUUUUUAAUCAUGUUCUUUUCUUUUGCAGUAAAACAAACCGAUAUGUCCUUGCUCAGACUUUUUAGUAUGUAAUCAUAAUAUCUGUAAUGAAUGUCUGCCGUCGUUUUUCAUCUGUAUAGCCUUUUUUACGUUAAGUAACUCAUGUAAAAUGUAAAAACUAAGUUGACUCUUGAAUAGUAUUAAGUUAUACAUAACCUGGAUUUAUUAAACAUGUUUACUCCAAAAC